UCCUAUGUAUCAUUCAUCCGCUUGGAGGAAAAUAUCGGAGACGGACCAGAGAAACCAGGAGGUCUCCCAAAACGCGUAGGUGGGCCGAGUCCCUGACUAAAUCCAAGCAGAGGAACUCUUAUCUUUAAGAUCCUCAGAAUGAGCUCGGUUUGACAGCUACCAUACCCUUUGAAAGAUCUUUCCUCAAAUGUUCUCCUCCAUUUCUUCUUUCUUCUCCAGUCGUUUUUUUUUGUGUGUGUGUGUGUGUGUCUGUUGUCCCCCUUCUUCCCCUCUUGGUAAUCCGAACUCCCAGAUUUCUGCAUAUAUUUCUUGACUACUCUUCUUUCUUCAAUUCCUUGAGCUUCUUCCUCCUUUUGAGUAUCUCCUAGUCUUUCUUCUCUUUGCCUUUUUCCUGCACAACCUGAAAUAUGGAAGGAAUUGGAAGAUAAUUUUGAAUUACUCUAGAGCUCCACAAUCAUAAUUCUUUUCAAGGGAUGGCGGCAUGCUUCGGCCUUUUUAAGAAGAAGACCGAGAACAGGCCAGAGCGGAGCCUGGCGACGGCUUCGACAUCGGUUUCAGCACCUCCCUCGAAUGUCAGUACUAGUAGGUCGGAUGAUUCAUCUGCCAGGAAACAUACAAGCAAGUCGUCAGCCUCGACGUCGUCGCAGCGCAGCAUACCGGCCAUGUAUGAAGAGAGAGCUCAUAAUAUGCGUGUUUUCGAGCUUGAUGAGCUCAGAAAUGCGACAAAUGAUUUCAGCAGGAUGCUUAAGAUUGGAGAAGGUGGGUUUGGGAAAGUUUACAAGGGUUUUAUCAAGCCUUUGGAUGGGAAGGGGGAUAGGAUUACGGUGGCGGUGAAGAAGCUCAACCAGCGCGGCUUGCAGGGGCAUAAGGAAUGGUUGGCAGAAGUUCAAUUUCUUGGAGUUCUUGAGCACCCAAAUCUUGUAAAACUCAUUGGAUAUUGCGCCGUAGAUAGUGAAAGAGGGAUCCAAAGAUUAUUGGUCUACGAGUUCAUGCCUAAUAAGAGCUUAGAAGAUCAUCUGUUCAACAGAAAUUAUCCUGCUCUUUCCUGGAACUUAAGACUGCAGAUAGCCUUGGGUGCAGCAGAAGGAUUGGCAUAUCUGCAUGAAGGAUUAGAAGUUCAGGUGAUCUAUCGAGAUUUCAAAGCAUCUAAUGUUCUACUAGAUAAGGAAUUUAGGCCAAAGCUGUCAGACUUUGGCCUAGCAAGAGAAGGACCAACAGAAGGGCUCACUCAUGUAUCUACAGGGGUCGUGGGGACUCAGGGGUAUGCCGCCCCGGACUACAUUGAGACUGGCCAUCUCACAAUUGAGAGUGAUGUGUGGAGUUUUGGUGUGGUGUUGUAUGAAAUCCUUACAGGCAGGCGGACAUUAGAUCGAAAUCGCCCGCCAAAUGAGCAGAAGCUCUUGGAUUGGGUGAGACAAUUUCCUCGAGAUAGUUGGAAGUUUAGCGUGAUCAUGGAUCCAAGACUAAGAAAUCAGUAUUCUCUGAGAGCCGCGCGCGAGGUUGCUAAGUUAGCAGACAGUUGCCUUGUCAAGAACAGAAAAGACCGUCCAAAGAUGCAUGAGAUCGUAGAAAGCUUGAAACAAGCCCUUCAAAUGGAUUCGACUGAAGUACAUUCUUCAACAACUAACUUGGACAAGCAGAAAAGAACAGGGCCUUCAAGAAGGUGACCAUUUUGAUAGAGGGAAGGGAUGAAUAUGGCUUGUAAGGGAGGAUUUUUUAUUUUUUUGCUCUUUUCUUUUUCUUUUGGGCACUGCUUGCUGCCUGUCCAACAUCUGAAUUUGCUUUGGAGUGCAUUAAGAUAAUAAGGUGGCAUCGACUUAUACCGAAUUCUUUGAGUAUGUAGGUUGAAAGCUAGCAGCUUGCUUCUCCGAUAUUUUCUUUUUGAUGAAGUGUUAUUUAUCCUAGAAUUACGCAAUGUGCAACAAAAUUUUACAAAUCAACAAUUAUGUUUAUGAUGGAUGACUAAACCUUCAGUUCAGUAAAGUUUCGCCUUACAAGUUGUAUUCUGAUGAUCUACAUCAUCAAUGAAUGCCAGCUUUGUAGGGAAAAUUUGAGA